GCAAACUAUCACGAGACAUGUCCAAGUAUUCCUGCAGGGUUUCUACAUGAUUGAACACUUCCACUUUCAGUGAGUUAGUAUUUUAUUUACAGUUAUAUAGUUGUAUAGUUAGUGUUUUAACCCGCGUGUUGAAGUUAGCUUCUGCUCAAUGGCCAGUUCCUUUCCGAGUGCGACCGAGCUGGUUGCGCGGGCUCGCGGUUUGUAUGGACAGGUGUUCGGGGGAGAGGAUCCUCAGGUGGCGGUGUGUGCUCCUGGAAGAGUCAACCUGAUAGGAGAGCACACUGACUACAACCAGGGAUUUGUACUUCCAAUGGCGCUGCCCCUGGUCACUGUGGUGGUUGGCAGUCAAACCUCUGGCCGAGAUGUUACCGUGGUAACAGCCACUGAGGAUGCUGAUAAGCCUUGGAGAGUGGACUUCAGCCUGCCCAGUGAUGGAUCACCGCUGUGUCCAGGGAUACCCAGCUGGGCAAACUAUGUGAAGGGUGUGAUACAGCACUACAGGGCUCCACCUGUCCCAGGUUUCAGGGCGGUGAUAGCCAGCAGUGUCCCUCUGGGAGGAGGUCUGUCCAGCUCUGCGUCUCUGGAGGUGGCUUUCUACACAUUCCUGCAGCAACUCAAGCCAGAUGAUGGAGAUAAAGUGUCCAAGGCUCUGGCCUGUCAGCAGGCAGAACACACUCAUGCUGGUGUACCCUGUGGCAUAAUGGAUCAGUUUGUGUCUGUCCUCGGCACAGAGGGACAUGCUUUGCUCACUGAUUGCAGGUCCCUGGAAGCCACCUCUGUCCCCCUGGCAGAUCCAGACCUGGUCAUUCUCAUCACCAACUCCAAUGUGAAGCACUCUCUGACUGGCAGUGAGUACCCCAUGAGACGCAGACAGUGUGAGGAGGCUGCCUCCAUCCUGGGAAAGGCCAGUCUCAGAGAUGCUACCAUGAAGGACCUGGAGGAGGCGAGGUACAAACUGAGCGACGUCACCUAUCGAAGAGCUCGUCACGUGAUCGAGGAGAUAGAAAGAACUGUCCGAGCUGCUGAAUCCCUGAAGAGAGGAGCUUACAAAGAGUUUGGCAAGCUGAUGGUGGAGAGCCACAGCUCCCUGAGAGACCUGUAUGAGGUGAGCUGCAAGGAGCUGGACGAGCUGGUGUCUGCAGCCAUGGAGGUGGAGGGGGUGUACGGCAGCCGGAUGACAGGCGGAGGAUUCGGUGGAUGCACCGUGACUUUGACGGAGGCCCGUGCUGUUGACAGGACUAUACUCCACAUAAAGGAGCGAUACAGUGGAACCCCGACUUUCUAUGUCACAACUCCUUCAGAGGGAGCUCGGGUCCUCAGCCUGUCCUGACCUUUGUCAACACCUCUCUGCCAUAUGAGCACUACACAUUCAUUUCUUUCUACAGGCUUUGCCACUUGAUUUUUUUUUUUUUUUUCAGUUCUGGCCAUUGAAAUGAUGUGCUGUUAUACGCACUGGAGAUGACUGAAAUGAGGGAAAAGUGCCUUCACAGUGAAACAAUGCUUCCUGAGACCAUUUUUAUUUGCAGUGCUUUAUCUUCUUGGUAACAGUUUGUAAUAUGAUGAUUGAUGUAAUUAUGGAAAUGUUGGCUAAAUUGGCUAAAUGUGAAAUGACAUUUUUCUUAAAUGAGGUAGCUACAGCUACGCCUCUACCUGCUCAGCACCAACCAGCUGACAGACAGAGUUAGAGACUAACUGCAGAUUAUCGUGGAGCCAUGAGUGGAGAGUGUAGCUUGCUGUCUGUUGUUGUCUUCAGAUAAAGUUAGUAAUUGCUUUGCCUUUGCACUUUUCUUUCAAAGAUUAUACUGGAAGUCUUAUUUUUUCACUCUCUCUGGUUAUCUUAACCUGACCUGUUCAAAAUCAAAUAAUCGAGGAACACUGUAUUUUAGAUUUGUGAGAAUAAAGGAGAUUUCAAAUCG